CAUUCCAAUCUGUAUGGCAUUGUCAGAGAAGACAUCUACGUUAGUCCCCGCUGAAACAAGGAUGAAAAUAACAGGUAGGCAACGUCCUAUUUCUAUGGCUUUCGAUGAGAAUGUAGUAUCAAGGCAUGGACGCGAAACAAAAACGCCACAACUGAAGGAUCGUAGCCGACGUCGAAGCUCAGACAGUGGUACUUCAACUUGCGACACUGCUACUCAUGGACGGAAGACCUGUCCAGUUAUCCAGACUCUCAGAAGACAUACGAGUCCGUUUCCCGGCGGUCUUAGACAAUCCAAAAAAGAUAUCUUGCACGCUUACUGGAGGAAACAGGGUGACAUCACACAAGAGAAAACCACUGUCUCAGACAAGUACGCCCAUGAAGACGCAGAUGUACCUAGUGUGAAGAAGAAGAGAGGGUUCGUACCAUCAGCCUUUUACGCUUUUAGUCGUGACAAAGGAGAAACUGUCGGACCAUCUCCCAUUCCAAACAAACGAACCAAAGCAAGGGCCUCUCCUCUAGAUGUCAAUCCCGAUUCCACCGAAGGAACCUGGCGCCUAACGUGGGUCAGCAAGAAGACUGCCAUUAAUGCGCCAUCAUGUACACCACGGCCCCCGUUUCCUGGAGGAACAACGGCGUCUGGAAACAAACGUGGAACCUUCGGAGGACAUGACGUGACUACUGUAACUUCUCGGUUUCCCAAAGAAGCUAAAAACCAUAAUCACUUACAGAAGUACGCUACGAAGCCACCGCAUUUUGAAGGCAGCAUCCUUGAUCGGACGUGGAGUGUCAUUCCGGAACCCAGUUCAUCAGAGAAGCACGUGCCACGCCCCGCGUCCCCAAUGACUGCAGCAGGUCGCGGUGCGGUAACCUACUUGGUAGGUGGUUCAGAUACGUACACGUGGAACCUAAGAGGUGCGAAACGGAACCAUGGGACCGAGUCUGUCACUGGAUUACGCGUUACCACAGUUCCUGCACAAACGUCUGUCGCUGCUACUCCGCUGACGCCAGUUCACCUUUUCCUCACCAAAGAAGGGGCCGUGUGCCAACUUUUUCUCUGUACGAUGAUUGUCAUUGGCGCCAUGAUAUUAACGUACUACGCUAUGAUAGCUCCUCCCAUUAAAGAACCAUUACCUGGACCAGUGAAUCGACAAGCUAAGCACGCCGACACUACGUUCAUCCACGUGCAAAACAUUACUGAGACACCCCGUACAUCUGUUGGCACCAUUAUAACGCAUCAAGCUACCAGUACAGGAGCAGUGUCCACUAAGAAAACGCUCGACGUAUGUUGGGCACCUGCCUGCCAGAAUGAGGGUGCGUACAUCAACCACCUCCUUUUGAAAGAUAAAGAUCCCUGCGAUGAUUUCUACCUAUACGUAUGUGGCCGCUGGAAGAGCAGGUUUUCUGACACCGAUGCCGAAGUGUCUAUAUCCUCGGAUGAUGACCUAUCCUUAAUGCUAGAAAAUGAUGUCCGUGAGCUGCUGAGGUCCAGCCUUCCACACAGUGAAUUCCAGUUGCUUUCGCCGCUCAGAGACUUCCUCGGUGCGUGCGAAGCUUUGAAGCACGAUGACAAGAGCGUAGAGGCGCUGCUGGAGCUCCUGUCCACGGUGUCGCUUGCUGGAUUUCCGUACAUGCUACCUGUUGACACUCCGGUUUCAGUCUGGAAAGUCGCCGCCAAAGUCCUAAAAAUGUCCAGCGCAUCCGUCCUCGUGAGCAUAGGAGUGUCUUCCCAUCCUUUCGACUCCAAGAAGAGCAUCCUAGCCAUCGACCUUCCAGACUCUCUUCUUGGUCCUCCAGUGGGCACACUCAAAAACGGCAAGAUGAUACAGGCGUACCACAAUAUCAUCUGGACUUGCAUUAACGUCACCAAGAAGCAAUUCGUCCCCAAUCUGCAUGUUGACCGCAUGGUAGACUUCGCUCUGCAGAUCGAAGCGCUAGCCGUCAGCAAGAACACAGGCAGACAUCGCAUAGUCGCGCUGGACGACGUUCCGGGUGUUGCAGAGUUCGUCAGCGAAGUCUUAUCGGAACAAGUGGACAGGAGCGCUCAGGUGUUGCUCCGAGCUCCCGAAUACGUGAAAGGAUUAGAAACGCUGGUAGGGCAGUUCAGUCCUUACACUAUCCUGGACUUCCUGGGUGUGCAUGUCUUGUCGAAAGUUGCUCAUCUCGUUCCCGCGUUAGGCGACGACCUCGCGAUGGUUUCCGUAUCACACCUGUUCGGAAGACCGCGGCACGUUCCACGAUGGCGCGUUUGCCUUCGUCUGGCAGACCUUGCGCUUCGGUACCUGGUCUUGCACGUGACAAAGUUAGCGGGACAUUCCUCCUCGCUUAGGCCUUUUACGGCAAAUGCCUUUCUGAACACAAUUCGCAAAGUUGUCACGCAGGGUUUACACAAUCUGCCAUUUAUGGACAAUCUCACGCUCAUCUUGGGGAAGAAGAUUCUGUCCGAAACUCGAUUUCAAGCGUUUGCCCCGCCUUGGGUGAGCGACAGGGCUAGCCUGGCGAACUACUUGGCUAAACUACCCGAUAUGAGGGCAACACAUCCGCUUUGGUCUUUCUCUAUGGCCCACACCCUGUCGUUGUCAGAAAGCCUCCAACUGUCGUCCGCGGAGACCUGGAGCGGGUCCGCUUUCAAGGCUCGCUGCUGGUACGACCUUCAACGGAAGACCAUCUUCAUCCCCACCCUUACGUUUGACUUCUUGUCUCCGAUCAGCGAACACAUUCAAACCCUCCCACUCGCCCGUGCUGGGUACCGCAUCACUGCCUGCGUCCUGGAUAUGCUCAUCAACGGCAUCUCUUCACACUACAGCCACGAAGUUUCUGUUCGAAGCUGGUGGACUGACGAGUCGAAAGCGUCCUUUAUGGCAUCCAUGAAUUGUUUAAGAGAAGCGAAUCCUCCGGUCAGCAUUGCGUCGUUUUUUGUAGGGGAAGCAGCGUUCAGACUCAUCUUGACGCUCCACGCGAACUUGAACCCCGAAGAAUCCGGGACAAGGACGGAUAUUCGCCUUCCUGGACUUGAAGACUUCAGUUCUGAACACUUAUUUAUCGUUUACUUGGUUACCGGCUUCUGCCAAACUGCUCCGAACCAGAUGAAUAAAGUGGGGGAAGCGCUACUCGACGCAUUAGAGCUGCGCGCUGUACAGGACAAGGUUUCGGGACUCCUCAACCUAACGUUGUCGAGUACGAAGCCAUUUAGAGAUUCCUUCGGCUGCAAGACGAAGCAAAACACCACGCUGUUGGGGAAAUGUUCUCUCUGGGCGGAACGCACACAAGUGUUACGACCAGGUUCCAUUACAUCAUGAUAUGUUUGGAGAAGUCGUGCACGGCAAGGAGUCCGCAGAGCCACAGAACAAUGGAAUGGAAUAACAGCCAAGUUUAUUUUUAUUAUCGGCACAUUACAAUAUAGCAAUUUUUACUGGUCUGUUCUGUGUGUUUCCCUAAGUCUUAAUAGAAUUAUUAAAUAUGAAUUACAUAAACUAGUCUUCUACUUCACUG